AAGUAUUAUAAUGGAUGGCCUAAAUUCUUACUCAAUUCUUAAGUCCAAGUCAAUCAUGCCUGAGUGACAAGUUUUAUAUACGUAGUUCAUCGGAUGAUCUUGUAGUGAACGGACUAAAUUUGAUUUCCAUUGAAGAAGAUAUAGCAGUAGAGUCACAAUGAAUAAACUAACACCCACAUACGAAUUUUUACAUGAAGAAAAAACUAAGGAAUUAUUAAAAGUAUUCAAGGGUGAAAAAACUGGUUGGGUAUUAGUUGGAUCAAAAAAAUAUUGUUUUCCUUCUAACUACGUAGAACAAGGAGAAGGAUUUUAUAAUUUCAAAGCAAGAUCUACCGAUACCUGGGUAGCAUCAUAUCCAAGAUCGGGAACCACAUUGACUCAAGAACUAGUUUGGCUAUUGUGCAAUAACUUGGAUUAUGAUACAGCAAAAACUAAAUAUCUUACAAGAAGAUUUCCGUUUUUAGAAUUUUCUUUGUUUAAUCACCCUGAAAUAACUAAGGAACUUAUAGAAAUGAAUAAAGAUGAUUUAACUAAACAGCAAUUAUGCAAAUCAAUUGCAAAACCUGGAUAUGAAGUUUUGGAAGAAAUGUCUUCACCCAGAUUUAUUAAAACACAUUUUCCAUUUAGUCUAUUACCUAAUAUUUUGGAAUGUGGUUGCAAAAUAGUUUAUGUUGCAAGAAAUCCUAAGGAUGUAUGCGUUUCAUGGUAUAAUUUGUGUAAAGAUAUAAAGACAAUGGGGUAUAUAGGUACAUUUGAACAAUUUUGGAAUUACUUUCAAAAUGAUAUAACCCCAUGGAAUCCAUACUGGAUACAUUUAAAAGAAGCUUGGGCAGUUAAAGAACAUCCUAAUGUUUUGUUUAUAUUUUAUGAAGAAAUGCAAGAAAAUUUCCUACAAACUGUUAAAAAAAUUGCAACAUUCUUAGGAAAAGAAUAUAGUGAUGAUCAAUUAAAUGAACUUGCAACAUAUUUGGAUAUAAAGAAUUUUCGUAAUAAUCCAAUGGUUAAUUUAUCGGAUUUAAAAGAAUGUCAAAUCAUGGAAAAGGAAACGUUUGUUAGACAAGGACGAAGUGGUGGUUGGAAGGAUUUCUUUACACCAAAUUUAGAAAUUGAAGCUAAUCAAUGGAUUAUAAAAAAUUUGAAGAAUACUGAUAUGAGAUUCCCGAAUUUUAACAACAACUUAGACUUUAACUUAACAAAAUAAAGUUGAUAAAAUAAUUUACAGGA